AUGUUAACUAAUAUUGAAAAAUAUGUUGUUCAAAGGCAAAUGGAUUCAGAAACUAUAUAUUCUUUACUUAAAUAUGAUUAUUCUAAGCAUUCUCUAUACAAAUAUAUUAUUAAAGUAGAAAGAAGAAAACAUAUUAUGGAUUGUUAA